CCUGACUUUUGCCAGAGGCCUUACUCACCCAUCCCAGGAUGGUGUCUCCUCCUGGGGACCGAGGCCUGAGCACCCACCCAAAGGCUGUGAGAUGAGCGUCGCUGGUUUUCCUUCUCCAGUUUUAACCGAGGCAGAGAGGACAGGAAUUCACCGCUCUGGUUUCUCCUCCUGUGCCCCUUCCUACAACAGCGGUUCCCUAGAACAGCCCUCCUUCAGGUGGCACUCAGGGGCCUCUCCUGGGCUACACCACACACUGCCUCUCAAAGCUCUUCCAGGCAGCCUCCUUCUGAGAGCCUCAAACCAAUGCCUACAUCUUCUGAGUAGGUCCAAGCAGGUCGCAGAACCCCCAAGAGAACCAGCCUGAUGCAGGUUUUGACUCCUUUCUGCCCAGCCUCUAACACAAUUCCCACCCUUUCCUUCCCAUGCAGGGGAUCCUUCCAUAACACUGAGGAGAAGUACGAGAACAUUGGGCAUAAAGGACUACAUAGAGACUCCAAGCUGGACCCAAAAGUUGACGGCAUCCUCUAUGCCUCCCUUACCCUCUCCAACUCAACCUCACCCUCACCGACAGCACCUCCUAGCCACCUUCUCCACGAGAGCCCCCAGGAAGAGACCCUAUACUCUAUGUUAAAGACCUAAGGAGUGUGACUGAAUGAUGACCUCCUUAGAGUAAGCUGCACAGAAGGAUCACCACUUCCCAUAAUAAUCCCAGCCAGACACAGAUGACUCAGAAGCCACAGGGGUCAAAGGCCACCAAGGACCAAAGAAAAAUAGCCAUCUGCUCCAGUUCCCUCUUCGUCUUGUUCCCUUGCCCACAAAAAUAAAAGUACCUGUAGGAUUUGCCUGCAUGCAUCUA